AUUUACAAAAUUUUUUAAAUCCGAACCACCCGGUCGACCAUUACGACCUUCUUUCGUCAUCAAACGAGAACUUAUGAAAGAUCCAUCAUAUCGUAAAAAAACAAUGAGAGAUCUUCAUCGACGACUUUCAGCAGCGGUCACCCAAUAUCAUCAAAAAACACCAUUCGAAAGGAGAUCAUGGAAUAGUUAUUUUGACGAUGUUGAAUUAACACUCCCACCAACUUUAGAUGUAGAGAUAGAUGAAUUUUUCGUAGAAGGAAAUUCAACAAUUAAUUCUUUAGUUGAAAAAUAUCUCGAAAAAGACGAAGAAGUUUCAAAUUCAUUGAUAAAAUCGGUUGAAAUUCAAGAAGAAAGCAGUUUAUUGAUGAAACAAAUUUUGAAAGAUAUUAGGGUGUUGAGAGCCAUAUUACGAGAACCUGACGAAAAUGAUUAA